UGUUAUUUUGCAUCUAGUGAAGCUUACCAAGAACAUGCAAAUCUCCUGGAGAAAUCUCACAGCGAACUUCUCGAAAGCACCCUUGAUACUGGGACCUACCAAAAGCUCCAUAGCUUCACUCAUCUUGCUAAUGGCUUCGCCGUGCACACCACUCUUUCUCAGGCAGAGAAGCUAAAAAAGAGCCCUAGGGUGAAGUUGAUGGAAAGAGAUAGAGGAGCAAAGUUGAUGACAACAUACACUCCAAAGUUCCUAAAGUUGCCUGAAACUAUAUGGGCUCAACAAGGAGGAGAUGAAAAUGCAGGAAAAGGAAUUGUAAUAGGUUUUGUUGAUUCUGGCAUUAAUCCAUUCCACCCAAGCUUUGCUGCUGAUGAUGACUUAUUGAUGAUCAACACUAGCUUAGUUUGCUCGAAUUCGACUCGAUUUUGCGGUGUUUGCCACACCGGUCCACGUUUUCCGGCGAGUUCUUGCAAUGGGAAGAUAGUUUCAGCUAGGUUUUUUGCUAAUGGAGCUCAAGCUGUGUCUCUUCUUAAUGCUUCUGUGGAUUUUCUUUCACCCUUUGAUGCUGAUGGUCAUGGGAGCCACGUAGCCUCAACUGCUGCAGGGAACUCCAGGGUUCCAGUAGUGGUAGAUGGUUUUUUCUAUGGGACAGCGAGUGGGAUGGCGCCUCAUGCCCGGAUUGCAGUUUACAAGGCUAUAUAUCCAACAGUUGGUACUCUCACUGAUGUCUUGGCUGCAAUUGAUCAAGCAGUGAAAGAUGGAGUAGACAUUCUGACCUUGUCGGUAGAACCAGAUGAACCAGGAGAAGGCACAGUAACUUUCCUUGAUGUUUUUGAAAUCUUCACAUUACUAGCAAGAAGAGCAGGGGUUUUUGUGGUGCAAGCAGCAGGAAACAAAGGGCCUGGUCCGAGCACGGUGGUAUCCUUGAGUCCUUGGUCUGUUGGCGUCGCUGCUUGCAGCACAGACAGAAGCUACCCUGCUACCCUUUUUCUUGGAAAUGGCCAGAAGAUUGUAGGAGUGGGGUUAUCAGGGCCAACCUUUGGAAAUGGGAUACUGAAAUAUAAGCUGGUGCUAGCGAAAGAUGCAGUUCAUAUUAAUGGUUCUUUCCCCAGAACUCCACCUUACAUAGAGGAAUGCCAGUUCCCUGAAGCUCUUAAUCCAAUGAUAGUAGCUGGUAGCAUAGUGAUCUGCAACUUCUCGGCUGGAUUUUACAACCAAACUUCCUCUCUCACUUCCAUCAUCAACACUGCAAAAAUACUGGGAUUCAUGGGUUUCAUAUUAGUUGCAAGUCCUACUUAUGGUGAUUUUGUUGCAGAACCAGUGCCUUUCCCUGUGCCUGGAAUUAUGAUCCCAAAAACAGCAGAAGCCAAGAUCAUUUCUCAAUACUAUGAAGAGCAAACUAAGAGAACUGAACGAGGAUGUGUAAUAAGAUAUGGUGGAAGAGCCUCCAUAGGCGAAGGGAGAACGGCUGUUUUUGACAGGCAAAUGCCUACUGUAAGCAGAUUUUCUUCCAGGGGACCUGAUAUCAUUGAUAGCCACAGAAAUCCUGCAGAUGUUCUCAAGCCUGAUUUUGUGGCACCAGGACAGCAGAUAUGGGCAGCUUGGAGUCCUCUCAGUGCCUCCGAACCCAUAUUUGAAGGGAACAAUUUUGCCAUGAUGUCUGGAACUAGUAUGGCAGUACCUCACAUUGCAGGGAUAGCUGCACUGAUCAAGCAACGUAACCCUUCAUGGACCCCAUCCAUGAUUGCAUCAGCAAUCUCAACUACUGCCACUAAAUAUGACAAUUCUGGAGAAGUUAUUCUCUCUGAAGGAUAUGACAUUGGUAGCUUGAAAGUUUCCACUCCCUUUGAUAUAGGUGCUGGCUUGGUGAAUCCAGCAAGAGCAGCAGAUCCCGGAUUAGUAAUCAUGCCAGGAGAAGGAGAAUAUGUAGCUUUCCUGUGCUCAUUGUCCAACAUCAAUCGAGAACAAGUCGAAGCUGCGACAGGUGGGUCAUGCAACCAUCCGCUUGAGCAUCCAGCAGACUUAAACCUUCCAUCAGUGACAAUAACAUCUCUUGUUGGAUCUCAAGUAGUCAAGCGGAAAGUGAUCAAUGUGGCAAGCAAACAAGAAACAUACCUGUGUGCUGUACUUCCACCAAACGGGGUGACAGUUGAUGUAUCUCCAACUUGGUUCACCAUUGCUCCAACAGAAACCCAAGGUUUGGAAAUCAAACUGAAUGUUGUUACCCAGGCGAAGGAAUUCAGCUUCGGAGAGAUUGUUUUAACAGGAAGCUUGGAUCACAUUGUGAGGAUUCCCUUGUCAGUUUUACCUGUUUCAAUUUCUUAGCAGGUCAAAUUAGAAGCAAUUAUACUUGUACAACCCAUCCUGCUGCAAGGAAAAAUGAAGCUCUUAGCAACAUAUCAAGUUGUUCAUCACAAAGAAAUGUAUAGUAUACGCAUUGCUACAUGUAUAAGUAGCUGAGUAUCACGUUCCAGCUUCAAUUCUUCACUGCAAUAGCUGAUAAAAAUGUAGCAAUGCUUGCCUUUUGAGGUACUGAAUCCGAUACAUGAUAGUAAUAAUUUUAAUUAGAAGCAGUUUAAAACAUGAUGGUAAAAGAAGGUUCAGACGUACACUGAUAAGCAGCUUACACAAAAAAUCAAAGCUUUGUGCAUUUAGAAAGAAUCUGUAUUUAGUGCAUUGUACAAGAAAUGGUACAUCAAUACAAUUUAAUACAAUAAGCAGCCGCUGCUUGCCAAGAUACAAGCCAUCAAUUUGUACUGUGUAGUUACCCUCUAUAGUCUAUAUAGCUAGAAAAAAAUCAGUGUAACUUAUCAAUUGCAACCUAUGCAGAAAACAAUGGUGGAUACUGUGGCCUGAAAAAAUACUAAUAUACAAGAACUAUUCUAUGGCUGCA